GAGCGCGUCCGGAAAUAGAAACAUCUCGCCGAAUUUGAACUCCACCUGAGCACAGGAGAAGCCGCAGCCACUGAGGUCCUAGUUCUGAUCCAGAAGUGGCGGCUACGCCUUUGCUGUAGCCUCACCGAUCCGCCGCCGCCGCCGCCAUGAAGUUCCGCUCUGAUUCGUCAGGCGGCGACGAGCCCCGCGCUCCGGCUGCCGGCGACGGCGGCGGCGGCGGCGACGAGCCGGCCAAGAGGCAGCGGACCGAUCCGUCCUCCAGUUCGAGCCAGGGCGAGGCCUCCUCUUCCUCGCAGCCGCCACCGCAGCAGCAGCAGGAGGAGCAGCCUCCGGAGGAUGCGGGAGAGGGCGAGCAGCCGAGGGUUCCGGAUCUCGGGGAGGACCUGGUGUUCGAGGUGCUGCGGCGAGCGGAGGCGCGGACGCUGGCGGCCGCGGCGUGCGUGAGCAGGGGGUGGCGGCAGCUCGCGGAGGACGAGCGGCUCUGGGAGGCCGCGUGCGUGCGGGAGUGGGCGAACCUCGGCUUCUCCGAGCGGCAGCUCCGGGCCGUGGUGCUCUCCCUCGGUGGAUUCCGCCGGCUCCACGCUGUCUACAUCCGCCCCCUGCAGUGGCGUGGCGCCGGCGUGCCCAGGCAACAGGGGAGGCGGCAGCCGCCGGUGAGGUUGGGCCGGGACCAGGUUCAGCUCUCGCUGUCACUGUUCUCCAUUGGGUUCUUUCAGAAUAUGCCUUGUCCUAAGAAAGACAAGGGAAAUGACAGUGAUAAGAAUGGAGGGGGCCAAUGCGGGUAGUCGAAUUUGUGGAAUAAGCUUCACUCCAACAAGCAUCAUCCUAAGCUACCAUGGCAGUUGCCCUAUUGUUCACACUGGUGAUGCUAGAGAGUGUUGGAGAGACGAACAGGAAAAUCGGCAUGCUUGAUUUGGGACAUGAGAGAAAUUAAGUGGAAUUGCAAGAUCUGAAUUGGUUCGGUUGUGUUCCGCACUUGUAAGAUUUAUGUGAUAGUGUCACAUGGAUUGAUGGACGUUGAGUGCUAUGAGGACAGUUGCGUGAAUGCUGAUGACAAGUGAUUUACUUCAAGAGAAGGGAGAAAUGGUUUGCAAUUCGUUCUGCUGUUGCUGAUAUUCUAGUUAUCAGCUAUUGUGUCAACUUGAUAUAUCUGGCCCAAGAGCAGUAUGGACUGUGUGCCUUCUUGCGCCGGUACCAAGCUUUAGAGGGAAAGCUGAUGCAAAUAGCUUUUGUUUGCAUAACCUUUUUCAAUUAGGGAAACAUAAUUUCCCAUAUUAGGCAUAUGGAGAAUUAUGUGAGGUAUUGAUUGUUUGUACAAAAAUAACCAUUUUAUUCUUGAAUAUUGCAUUUUCACAUGUUAACUAAGGUUCUUAAGUUGAUCUGACUGCCAUGUACAAUAUGGAGCCCAACAAGGGGUAGUGACACAUAUUUCUCAACUUCAGUAUGCAAUAAGUCAGUCAUUUUAUA